GUGAUGAAAGGUAUGGGUUGGUGGGAGAAUAAAUGCUUUUAAUUUUACAGACAAAACCAAGGCCCUACCUUUACACGGUGGUGAGUGAACCAAGACCACUUUGGGGUUUUCAUUUCAUUUUCUUUUUUCUUUAAUAGAAAAAUGGGAAGGGAGAGACUGAGAGACGGUUGUAAUUUUUUUGGUAAUGGGAUUGAAAAGAGCUGAGCUUUGAGAUGGAAAGAAAUGCACAUGCACGUGGUUAAGCUUCUGUUGGUGCCAACCGUUUAGAUAAUAAAUAUUUUUUACAUUAUAUGGUUGGUAUUAAAUUUGCUCACCUGUUUUCCUUUCCAGCCAAGAUGCCUUGUUCAUGUUAUUUGUUUGCACUUGUUUGAACUCACCAUUUUUAUUGCAUUUUUUUCUCCCAUGCUUUAUGCCUUUUUGUUUUUGUUUUUUUUUGUUUGAACUCUCUUUCUUCUGUCUAGAGCAAAAGGUUGAGAUUUUUAGCUCAAACCCAGAAAAAAAAGGUCAGAUCUUUGAUUCAUUGAAGAAAGUGGCUUUGUUGGGCAAAUGUAAGUAAAAAUGUCGGUGUUUGGACAUGAUCUUGAUGUUUUGCCUUUGGUACUCAAGAUUUUUACAAAUGCAAACAACAAGCUCUGCAAUUGGAAAAGCAGGAUAGGGGGAUCUUCAUUGAAUCUGGUUCGAUAAUGCCAAACGGUUAGACUCGAAUUUUUAUGUCCUCUUGCUGUUGUUUCGAGCAUGAGAAGGAUCCAUCAAUUCAUAGUUUCCCAUGCUUUGUUCUUCCUGAUUCUUUCUUGUUUUGGAAUCAAAACCCUCUUCACCAUUUCUUUAGCUGCAACUGAGAAGGAAAUUUUGCUCCAAUUUAAAGGAAACAUCACUGAUGAUCCUUACAACAGCUUGACAUCUUGGGUCCCAAGUGGUAACCCUUGUGUGGAUUUCAGUGGUGUGUUCUGCAAUCCUGAAGGAUUUGUGGACAGGAUUGUUUUGUGGAACACUAGCCUCAGUGGUCGGCUGUCAGCUGCCUUGUCUGGUUUAAGCUCACUCAGAGUCUUGACAUUGUUUGGCAACAGGUUUUCAGGUAAUAUCCCACAAGAAUUUUCACAGUUACAGACAUUAUGGAAGAUCAAUGUGAGCUCGAAUGUAUUGUCUGGUUCCAUACCAGAUUUCAUUGGCGACUUACCUAACAUUAGGUUUCUUGAUUUUUCAAAGAAUGGUUAUACUGGGGAGAUUCCGUUUGCUUUGUUCAAGCAUUGUUACAAAACAAAGUAUGUUUCUUUCUCACAUAACGGUCUUUCGGGUUCCAUUCCGGAGUCCAUUGCGAAUUGUAGUAACCUUGAAGGGUUCGAUUUCUCGUUCAAUAAUCUUACUGGUGAAUUGCCUUCUCGAAUUUGCGAUAUUUCGGUAUUGAAGUAUGUAUCUGUUGGUAGCAAUGCAUUGAGUGGCAGUGUGGUGGAAGAGAUUUCAAAAUGCCAAAGCUUGCUAGGCCUGGAUCUUAGCAGAAAUUCAUUCACAGGUUUUGCACCACUAGGAGUACUUGAAUUUAAGAACUUUACUUAUUUCAAUGUUUCACAUAACAGGUUCUUUGGUGAGAUUUCUGUGAUUGGAACCUGUAGUGGGACAUUGGAAUUCAUUGAUGCUUCAUGGAAUAGUUUGGAUGGGGAAAUCCCAACAAGCAUUUCAAGCUGUAAGAGCCUCAAAGUUUUGGACUUGGGGUUCAACAAGCUUAAUGGGACCAUACCAGCUAAUAUCGGGGAUUUGGGAAGUCUUCGAGCAAUUAGCUUGGCUAAUAAUUCAUUAGGUGGGACAAUCCCAGCAGGAUUUGGAAGCAUUGAGUUGCUACUGGUCUUAGAUUUGCACAAUCUCAACCUUGCUGGUGGAAUUCCUGAGGAUAUAAGCAAUUGCAGAUUUCUUCUUGAACUGGAUGUGUCUGGAAAUAUGCUAGAGGGACAGAUUCCUGAUUCCUUUUACAACAUGUCAAAUCUGGAAGUUCUCGACUUGCAUCACAACCGGCUGAAUGGAAGUAUCCCAUCUAGUCUGGGGAACUUGUCAAAAAUCCAAUUGCUUGAUCUCUCACAGAAUUCGCUUUCGGGGUCAAUCCCCCCUUCACUUGGGAAUUUGAAUAUGUUAACUCAUUUUAACCUUUCCUACAAUAAUCUCUCUGGUGUCAUACCUACUGAUCAGACCAUCCAGUCCUUUGGUCCAUCAGCAUUUUUUAACAAUACUGGACUCUGUGGUUCCCCUUUGGCAUCCUGUUCCGGAAGUGCCACAUCUUCCCCAUCUGGUAAAACCGAGGUCCUUAGUGUUUCUGCAAUUGUUGCCAUUGUUGCUGCUGCUGUGAUCCUUACAGGGGUUUGUGUGGUAACCAUCAUGAACAUCAGGGCACGCAAGAGUAAAAAGCAGGAAGUGACGGUGGUUGUCGAGAGUACACCACCAGGUUCAUCAGAUUCGAAUGUUAUAAUCGGGAAGUUAGUCCUCUUUAGCAAAAGUUUGCCUUCUAAAUAUGAAGAUUGGGAAGCUGGCACCAAAGCUUUGCUUGACAAGGAGUGUCUAAUAGGUGGAGGGUCAAUUGGAACGGUCUAUAGAACUAGCUUUGAAGGAGGGAUCGCAAUUGCAGUAAAGAAGCUUGAGACUCUAGGGAGACUUAGAAACCAAGAUGAAUUUGAGCAAGAAAUCGGGCGCCUAGGUAACCUCCAACAUCAAAACUUGGUUGCAUUUCAAGGUUAUUACUGGUCCUCUUCAAUGCAGUUGAUUUUAUCUGAAUUCAUCCCGAAUGGGAAUCUCUAUGAUAAUCUACACGGAAUGAAUUACCCUGGUACUAGUUCAGGUGUUGGUAAUACCGAACUAGGUUGGUCUAGAAGGUUUAAUAUUGCCCUUGGAACUGCAAGAGCGCUUUCUUACCUUCACCAUGAUUGUAGACCUCCAAUUCUCCAUCUCAACAUCAAAUCAACCAACAUACUCUUAGACGAGAACUAUGAGGCCAAACUAUCCGAUUAUGGUUUGGGAAAAUUGCUUCCAAUUUUGGAUAAUUACGGUUUAACUAAAUCUCAUAAUGCAGUAGGAUAUGUGGCACCAGAGUUGGCUCAAAGUAUGAGACUUUGUGAGAAAUGUGAUGUGUAUAGCUUUGGAGUAAUUCUUUUAGAACUAGUAACUGGGAGGAAACCAGUAGAGAAUCCAACAGUAAACGAGGUAGUGAUUUUGUGUGAAUAUGUUAGAGGAUUAUUGGAGAGGGGCUCUGCGUCAGCUUGCUUUGAUAGUAGGUUGCGCGGUUUCGCAGAAAACGAACUUAUACAGGUUAUGAAGUUGGGGUUGAUUUGUACAUCAGAGGUUCCUUCAAGAAGACCAAGCAUGGCCGAGGUUGUACAAGUUCUCGAGUCCAUCAGAUCUGGAAUUGAAUCGUAGUGAAAGUGCAAAAUGUUAGAUAUGAUUAAUACUGCAAAGGGGACACAGUUGCUACUGGUUAGGGUAAAAAAGAAUAGCUUAAAAACAAGAUCAUUCUUUUGUAUUCAUUUUGCUAUUACCAUCAUUGAUUUGUUCCUCUAUUUGUAAUCUUGUGCAAUAAAAAAGGGUACUCAUUUAUGUGUAUUCUUCUAUUUGUUCA